AUGGCUAAUCAUACGUUUACUUGGCCAGCAGGUCCGAAGAGUGUUAUUGUUACGGGAGACUUCGAUGAUUGGAAGGGGUCCCUUCAUUUGGUCAAGCAAGAGGAGGGAGAUUUUUUGUUAAGUGUACCCCUUGGGACGUGCAAACGGUCUUCGUCGUUGUCGCCACCGUCAUCAUCACCAACAGAGAAGGAUAAGAUUUAUUUCAAGUUUAUAGUUGAUGGAGAAUGGAUAGUUAGUGAUAAGUACAAGAAGGAUUCUUUAACGGGGCCGGAGAAUAAUUAUAUUAGUUUGGGAGCGUUGUCGGGAGAAGAAAACGAGGGGGCAGCGGGGGCGUUGGGAGUGCAGAAGCAGAUUCCCAAGGCGCAGCCGGCACCUGGGUCCAGGAGGGGUAAGAAGAGUAAGAAGAAGAAGAAACGGGUUCGCAGGAGCAAGAAGACGAGUGAGGAGCGGUCAGAGGGGUUAUUGUCGUCGAGUGAUGAAGGGUCGGGGACCGAGUCGUCGUCUUUAUCGGCCAAUGAAUCUUCUUCUUCGCCUUCUGGGGGUACGAGUUUGAGUUCUUCUGGGUCUACUGUUGGUGGUGUGACGACGGGCCGUAUGGCGCUUGAAGAUGUUAGUGGUGGUAGUGCAGGUAUGGGUGCAGUAGCAGCAGCAGGUGGUCAUGCAGCAGCACGGAAAGCAAAAGCAGAUAAAACGGUGCAAGGCGCGAUCCAGAGCGAUACUGAAAAACAGCCCACUGCAGCUGUUUCUGCUAGUCAGAUUGCUGCAGGAAUUGGGGGACAUUCCGCUCAUAAUAAGGGGCCUCUUUACUUGGCGCUGGCUCCUGAGGGUGAAACUGCAGAAAAAUCAGACCGACCUGAGGGGUUGGGCGAUAAAGCCCCUAACGGCCACCACGAAAAGGAGGAGUCAGUAGAAAUCCCGGAGAAGGAGCAAAAAAAGGAGGAAAACCCCAAGUGGGACGAAUCGAAACCUCUUGCUUUAAAUCCAAACAACGAUCUGAAGUCGAAAUCUUUGAACUGGAGUUCAAAAGGAAAGGCAAGUGGAGAGGUUCCUCUACCACUUGAAUAUACUUUGGGACCGGGCCCAGUCAUACCAACUACACCAGGGCAGCUCAGGGCGUUGAACCAAGGGCGUGGAGAAACUUACAAGGACAUGAACAAGGAUAAUACUGAGCCAAAGGAUGAGAUUGUCAACACCCAGGAGGAACCCCCUACGGAAUCCCCUACGGAAACUUCAAAGGAAACAGAGGCAAAGCAGGAGCCAAAGCAGGAACCUAAAGAAGUCUCAAACGCUGCGACUCAAGAGAAACAGAACGAGGAUGAACCUUACAAGGUUGCAGUGAUCACUCCAAAGGAAGCUGUAGAGGAGGCCGCGCCCCUAGACACUUCAAAGAAGGAACAGCUCCUAACAGAAGAGCUUCCAAAGGAAGGGCCUUUAGAGAAAGAGCCUAAGGUGGUCUCCGCGUUAGCCGAUGCGAAGAAGGAAAUCCCGUCAAAGGAUGUGUCAAAGGAAGCUACUCCAAAGAAGCAAUCCACUUCUGACACCCCUAAGAGGUCCACUCCUGUAGUCACUCCCAGGAAGGAGGCCACUCCGGAAUUCACCCCUAAGCAGGAUACUCCUAGGGAAGAACCCAAGAAGGAAGUCACUCCGGUAGCUACGCCUAAGAAGGAAGUCACUCCUGUAGUCACUCCCAGGAAGGAGGCCACUCCGGAAUUCACCCCUAAGCAGGACACUCCUAAGGAAGAACCCAAGAAGGAAGUCACACCGGUAGCUACGCCCAAGAAGGAUACUCCUAAGGAAGAACCCAAGAAGGAAGUCACUCCGGUAGCUACGCCUAAGAAGGAAGUCACUCCUGUAGUCACUCCCAGGAAGGAGGCCACUCCGGAAUUCACCCCUAAGCAGGACACUCCUAAGGAAGAACCCAAGAAGGAAGUCACACCGGUAGCUACGCCCAAGAAGGACACUCCCAAGGAAGAGCUGAAGGAAGUCACUCCGGUAGCUGCGCCCAAGAAGGACACUCCCAAGGAAGAGCUGAAGGAAGUCACUCCUGUAGCUACGCCUAAGAAGGACACUCCCAAGGAAGAGCUGAAGGAAGUCACUCCGGUAGCUACGCCCAAGAAGGACACUCCCAAGGAAGAGCUGAAGGAAGUCACUCCGGUAGCUACGCCCAAGAAGGACACUCCCAAGGAAGAGCUGAAGGAAGUCACUCCGGUAGCUACGCCUAAGAAGGAAGUCACUCCUGUAGUCACUCCCAGGAAGGAGGCCACUCCGGAAUUCACCCCUAAGCAGGACACUCCUAAGGAAGAACCCAAGAAGGAAGUCACACCGGUAGCUACGCCCAAGAAGGAUACUCCUAAGGAAGAACCCAAGAAGGAAGUCACUCCGGUAGCUACGCCUAAGAAGGAAGUCACUCCUGUAGUCACUCCCAGGAAGGAGGCCACUCCGGAAUUCACCCCUAAGCAGGACACUCCUAAGGAAGAACCCAAGAAGGAAGUCACACCGGUAGCUACGCCCAAGAAGGAUACUCCUAAGGAAGAACCCAAGAAGGAAGUCACUCCGGUAGCUACGCCUAAGAAGGAAGUCACUCCUGUAGUCACUCCCAGGAAGGAGGCCACUCCGGAAUUCACCCCUAAGCAGGACACUCCUAAGGAAGAACCCAAGAAGGAAGUCACACCGGUAGCUACGCCCAAGAAGGACACUCCCAAGGAAGAGCUGAAGGAAGUCACUCCGGUAGCUACGCCCAAGAAGGACACUCCCAAGGAAGAGCUGAAGGAAGUCACUCCGGUAGCUACGCCCAAGAAGGACACUCCCAAGGAAGAACCCAAGAAAGUCACUUCUGUAGCUACGCCCAAGAAGGAAGCGUCUCAACGGUCAACUCCGAAGAGGGUGGAAUCUCAAAGAUUAACUCCGAAGAGGGUGGAAUCUGAAAGGUUAACACCUAGGAGGGCGGAAUCUCAGAGGUCAACUCCAAAAGAAGGCCCAAGCAAGGUGACACCUGGACCAACACCAAAUAGGUAUGAGAAACCUGUUGGGAGUACAGCAGAAGAUAAAUUUGGUACUGAAGCCAAGCCUCAAAUAUCACCAAAGGAAUCUUUACCAGUUGGUACCACUUUAGAUCCAAAUGCAAGCGACAAAAUGUCCGAAAAGAAGACCUCUGAAUCUGAACACUCCAGAAGUAAUAGCGCUUUUGCAGUAGUCGAUCAAAGUAGUAACACUGCUCUACAGAACUCUAAUAAUGCUGAAAGCUUAUUACCAAAAACCGCCAAUGACGCUAAUGACUCCACUCAUCUUGACGCCCAGAGUUCACAACCUUCUGAAGUUAAGUCAUUUGGGCCAUCUGAGCGUAAUCGGUCUGUUGUCACUCCAGCUAACGAAUCUAAUGGAGAACCUUCUUCGAAAACAGAUUACUUUGUUGCAGCAGAAGGUUUGGCACCUUCAUUGCAAUCCAAUCACGAAAUUUCAAAGGGAUCCGCGACUAGCCCGGUAACAACAGCUGCCAGCAAGAAGAGUGUUGACUCUAAUAUGAGACCUUCUAGCAAGUCUAGUAGUACUCCAAGCAGCCAAAAGGUAGGUUCAGAACCAAAGAGAAGAUCAGGUUUCUUUGCUAGAUUAAAAAGAUUAUUGAGAUAA